AUGAAACGAAAUUCCAUUUCCACGCCGUGCCCGGCACCUACCGACGGUUCCAGCUCGCAUCGCUUGAGCAUUUCUUCGGCAUACAACAACACAGUAAACGAGGACACCGCACACAUCGAAUAUACACGCGCGUUUGAGCCGACAAUCAGGAAUACGAAACCCCGGCGGAGCUCUCUGGUGCACGGAAAGAUGGCCAAAAAGGCACCUGUUACAGUGUUUGAGGAGGUCAAGGAGGAUGAGGAGCUUGUGAUUAGCAAGCCUCUAGGUAAGUCGACGCUGCUUUCAAAGCCAGCGAGAAAACCAGCGGUUGGGGCAAUGGCGGGCGGUGGCCGCGGAGUAGAGCAGCUAGCGGGUGGAUCGAGGGAGCUUGGGCAGAGCAGGGCGAGAGCGUCAUUAGGCGGAGCAGAGCUUGGAAUCAGUAGGGUCGAGAGGAUGCAGCAGAUGCCUGGUGUCGGCGGAGGCAUGGCAGACAGGAGGAAGAGCAUCCGAUCAGAGGACUUGUUCGGUCCGGCUAUCAAGAAGGAACCAAGGCGAAAGACGAUUUUCAUCCCCGAGGACACGACUAUCUGCACCAUCCAUCCUGGCGCGAACACGACGGCUGGUCUGGACGAUACUUUCAACAUUCAGCUGUUCCCGGACGAAGUCUCUACCCAGCCAGAGGAGAAGGCAGAAGAUAAGACGAGCCACCUUUCGAAGCCAGUUCGACGACCUAGAAUGUCGCUUUCUGCUGCUCCAAGGCGCGUACCACUCGUCCCAAUCCGGCCUUCAGAGUACACCGAUGGAUUCGACGUUUGUGGCCAUGAUACGGGCAAGGAGAAUCUUGCACCAGGGGCACAGAAGUCUUUCAAGCCGACUACCAAGUCUAGUCCAGACGGGCGGCGUCAUAUGGAGAGAAUGGCCCAUCCCAAAGCAAGUCAACCUACUGCUACCCAGAGCCAUGGAGCCAAUGCGGUCCGCAUCAACAGGACUGUUCGUCCAUCAUUGAUGCAGCCGACAGCUGCGACCCAUGCACGCCAAAUCAAUGCAGCUCGUCCAGCGGUUCCUGUCCCAACAGCACUCUCUCGUGCGUCACAGGCAACACGAGGCGCACCACCUCCGACGGCAGCUCCACGUGCCACCAAACCCUUGAGUGCGGCCACGACUGCGGCGAAGCCAACAAUGCGACACUCUAUGGACAACGCGCGUCCUUCGCUUUCACGCAAUAACAGCCCGCGCAAUUCGCCAUCUUCCAACGCAAACAACGCAAACAACGCAACCGAGAAGAAGUCGUUGCGCCAACACAUCGAUAUGAAGCGUCUCGAGCUUCAGGCGUCAAAGCUCUCGCUGUAUCCAGUGCUUCCGGAGAACCUGUCACAACCAGAGUUGUACGAAGACCGAUGGCUCAGCCAGCAAGAAGUUGCCCUGACGGAGGUUAUAAACGAGAUCUUCGCUGCCGCAGAACGACACAGUCCAAUUGGAAGCCAGACCAUGCCACUGCGAGAGUCCCUGAUCGCCAUCUACCACCAGCCCGAAGUCGCUAUGCUGCACCAACGACUCCAGGCGUCCUUGAUCUACGGCGCUCUCAGCAGGCCUAGGGCGACAUCGACCACCGCGGACCCAGCACGCGACAUCGGCCUAAGGAAGAAGUUCAUCAGCUUGUUCCUGGAGACUUACGACGAGGACUCACUUCGAGCUGCAACAGAGGUCAUUGUUGGCAGGCAGAUCCCAAAGCGUGAUUCCACGGGCGAUGCAAAUGGUAUCAUCAGUAGCGAGCAGAUACUGGAUCCACGUGCUGGCAGGCGUGCACUGACUGGAUUCCUCGAGACCUUCUUUGUCUCACCUGCCGACAUCGACUUUGCCGAAUGUGCUCGAGCUGGUGACAACUCCGAUCAUGAGACGAUCCGCUGGAGAAAGAGCAUCCUGCGGAGCGUUCUGCUCGUCUGGCUGCUUGACCAAGCCAAGGCAUCUGACCUGGUAAACGGCUGUCUCUUCAAGAAGACUUCUGCCAAGAAGUCAUCAACUGCAGUACUGGUCACGUUCGCGGGCAUGAUGAUGCCUUCGGUCGGCGACAUCGUCCGUGCUAUGAAGCAGUUCGACUACGAAGUCUCUCAUGUGCAAGACCCACUUGAUGAGGUACAUUACGAAAUCAGCAACCUGGCAGUCCACCUUCGAGAUGGCAUCAUGCUCACUCGUCUAGUGGAGAUCCUUCUCUACAAUCAGAAGACUAUUCCGGCAGCUUCAGACGAUGCCAAUGCCACGAUCACCAUCCAGAUGCCAGACUCGACCCAGCUUCUGAGCGAGAUGUACCUACCAGAUACAUCACUCAAUGGCCGGCUCCUCUCCCAGCACCUGAAGAUGCCCUGCCUUGGCCACGCGCAGAAGCACUUCAACGUGCAAAUCGCUCUCAGCGCGCUCGAGAACCACGGCAUCCGCGGCGCCAAUGUGGUGGGAGACAUCGCCACUGAUGACCUGGUCAACGGCCACCGGGAGAAGACACUCAGCCUGCUGUGGUCUCUCGUCAGCACUUUCGGGCUGAGCCAUCUGGUAGACUUCAAGUAUGUCGCUCUCGAUGCUCAUCGUGGGGAGGAGAAGGCAAUAGCUCAGGAGAGCCUCAACCACCAAGAGCCAGAGAAGCUACUUCUCGAGUGGGCCGCCGCCUACGCCGCCAAGCAGGGCGUGAAAGUGACAAACCUCACGACCUCCUUCGCAAACGGCAAGGCCUACUCCGCCAUCCUCUGCGGCUUCCAGGUGUACAUCUCCAGCACCAACAACGGGGCUACCACCCUAGAAGCCCGCCUCACAGCCCUAGGCUGCAGCACAGCCUUCGUGAAGCAGCUCACCUCCUCAGUGGGCAACAUUCCCUCCCGCGAGACGACGGUCUCGAACCUCGCCUUUCUCGCCUCCCGUCUGCUCCCGCUAUCGCGCCAGCAUCACGCCGCGCUGAUCCUCCAGCGCGCCUAUCGCCAGCAUCGCGCUCCCAUGGUCGCCUCUCAGCACAUUGCCCUCAUGCGCCUGGCUCACAACUGCGCCCGAGUCGUGCAGACCCAGCAGCGGGCCGUAGCCGCUGCAGUUACGAUCCAGCGAGCUUGGCGUGCUGUGCUUGAUGCGAGGAUCUCGAAGUUGAGUAGCGAUGUGGAGGUGUUUCAGUCGCUUGCUCGUGGUUGGGGUGCGAGGAGGAGGAUGAGGAGGAAUGGUGGUUUGACGGGGAGGGUUAUGGGAGGGUGGUAA